AUGAGCUCCAAACUCGAAUCCACCUCGUACGAGGAAAAGGGCGUUGUCCCUCCGAAGGAGGCCAGCCUCGACGUUCCACCACUGGAGGACCCACAAAAGGGCCGCUGGGAGCGCAGUUGGCCUACCAUUGCUUGUGGUGCCGGUCUUUUCUCUGACGGCUACCUGAAUGGAGUAAUCGGGCAGGUGAACACCAUGCUGAGCACCAUCUACCCCGACGCCUACAGCAACUCCACCGCCAGUCAAAAUGUUUCUGCCAUUGCCUUCGCGGGCACGGUCGUCGGCAUGCUGAUCUUUGGAUACACCAGUGACCACUGGUCUCGCAAGUGGUCUCUGAUGAUCUCGACCGUCAUUCUAUUCGUCUUCGCUGCUCUCUGUGCUGGCUCCUAUGGCUACAAAGAUAGCACCUAUGGCAUGUUUGCUGCACUCACGGCCUAUCGCUUCUUCAUCGGUGUCGGCAUCGGAGGCGAGUAUCCUGCUGGAUCCGUCGCAUGUGCCGAGAACACUGGCGAGCUCAAGGAGGGCCACCGUAACCGAUGGUUCAUCAUGUUCACCAACUUCCAGAUCGACUUUGGCUUUGUCGUUUCGGCCUUUGUGCCUAUGAUCCUGCUUCUGAUCUUCACCGAGGAUCACUUGCGCGCUGCCUGGCGCGUGGCCCUAGGCCUCGGCGUCAUUCCCCCGCUGAGUCUGCUUUAUCUGCGAACCAAGAUGAACGAGCCCCAGGAAUUCGACCGUCAGCGCAUGCACAAGUUCCCGGUGUCGCUGAUCAUCAAAUUCUACUGGAAGCGUCUGGCUACGGUCUCACUGAUCUGGUUUAUUUAUGACUUUUCGUCGUAUUCCUUCGGACUCUACUCUUCCAAGUGGCUGUCUAUUAUCGUGGGUAAGCAUGCGCCGCUGUGGAAGACCUUCGGCUGGACCACUUUGACCUACUUUUUCUACAUUCCGGGCUCUGCCCUUGGAGCCUUUGCAAGUGACUGGAUGGGCCCUCGCAACACCCUUGCCAUUGGAGUUUUCCUCCAGGGAAUCGUCGGCUUCAUCAUGUCUGGAUGCUACGAGUAUCUUGCAACUCCGGAGAACGUGGCCGCAUUUGUCGUCGUUUAUGGAAUUUUCCUUGCGCUCGGUGAAUUCGGCCCUGGUGACAACAUCGGUCUGUGUGCUGCUAAGACUAGCGCCACUGCCAUCCGUGGCCAGUACUAUUCGUACGCUGCGGCUAUUGGCAAGAUCGGUGCCUUCGUGGGCACUUAUGUUCUUCCCAUCGUCAAGAAAAAUGCCCCCAAUGCGGUUCGAGCUGGCCAGGAUCCCUUCUUUGUGUCCAGCUCCCUGUGCAUCUUCAGCGCCUUCCUGGCCUACUUCCUGCUUCCGCAGAUCAACCAGGAUACAAUUACCAACGAAGACGCCAGAUUCCGUACCUAUUUGGCGGAGAAUGGCUACGACACCUCGACCAUGGGCACGGCCGGGUGUGUCAACGGCAUCGAACAGGAGUAAACCGACGCAUCCUUCGCUACAACAUGUCUCGAC